AUGAUAUGGCCACACGUGCUGCAAGCUAUCUCACUCCACGCAGCGGCAGGAGCUCCUAUGGGCAGAGAGGAGGGAGUGACAGGUGGGGCUACCAAGGCGGCAGCUACAGGCGCCCUGGCUACGUGUCGUCGUCCCAACGGCCGCAGCAGCAGAUGCUAUCAUACAACCUAG